AUGCUGUUACUCCAGCCGCAAAUAUCUUCAAAUUCACAAGGAACGAUGAUUAGCUAUCAUGAAGACAUGGGCGACACUUUAACACGGCCAUUAUGGCCUUCCGGCAAAGAACAUCUAUUGGUAUUCAACGUGUCAGUGAAGAGAAAAGACGAUGGAUUGUUAAUCCGUAGUCGAACUCGUGCACCAGCUGGGCCACCUUCAUGGGUAACUGUUGAAAGAGAACGUCUCGAGUGGAAGAAGCGCAGGUAUAUCUACGAUUACAAACAAACGCCAUCGAAUAUCCAAAUCUCACGAUACAAUAAUGAUAUUUAA